AUGUUUUGUGGGCCUCUGGGGGAGAGAUUGAAAAAGGAAGCAGCCAAGAGUAUUGGUAUGGUAAGAGUCAUAGAGAGACUGAACGAGAGUAUAAUUCUCCAUUGCUAAUUUGAAAGGGGACCUGACAUCACGAUUCACUGAAACAUUCAUGGAAACAAUGUCCACAGUUAGUACAAUGAGGGAGACCAGCUUAAAUGCUAGUAUUUCAAAUACAGAAGCAGAAUGUCCCUUUUCCACAGUGAGCUUCACACUGGGAAUGCCUCUCUACUUGUCAGUAGAGUAAGUCUUCAGGAUAAAGGGAUGUAUGCAUGCUAUGGGGCAACAACAACUAGAAAGAACACAAACAAUGUAAUGACAAAGGUGGAAGCUUUCCAUAUACCUGUAAUGAAGUAUGAAAAUAGAAACACAAACAGCAUCCUAGAACGUGGUGUGUUAUGUGUUUAGCCUUGUCCACUUGUCACAUGAAAAAUGGAUAAUACUUCUGUUUCUGAAAGCAAGAGAGAAGAAUCUGAUUAUGUGGAUUCAUAUUAUAUCAAAAGUAGAAUGAAAAUUACAGGAGGAAGCUCAUCUCAUGAAUGUACUAUUGAAAACUCAUUACUAAAGCAAACAUGGAUAUGACACUGCAUACUGAAAGAGAAUCUUGGUAAGAGUGAACACAUUUUACUUUCAUGUGAAGUUGUCAACAUUUUUAUUCCACCAAAUCAAGACUUCAAUGUUACUUGGUUCAGAAUAGAAAAUGGGAAUUCCUCUAUCUUGGCUUGCUAUUGCUCUUCACAAGUUGCUCUUAAUGAAUCUUGAUUCUCAUGGAACAAAGAGCUGAUUAAUGAGGACUUCCCUAUGGCUUUGAAAGAUCUUCGUCCUUUGGACAGUGGAAAACAUUUGUGCAGUAUUUCUUCAAGUGAACAAACUUUACUCACUCUCUACUCACUACAUGUUGAUUUUUUUGCCAUCUGUCAGAAAACUAUCACGAGACUUGAAGAUGGGGUUUCUAAACUGUUGUGCGUGGACAGCCUGUGUAACUUCAUAGGGGUGGUUCUGCGUGUUCAGGGCUCUGCCAGUUCUUCAAGGCGGUCCUCUCAGAUACAGACACAGAAUCCCUGUACUUCAGUGGUGUGUUUAACUGUCUACACCAGUGGCUGCCAUUAUGUCACUCAACACUGUGACAGGAACAAAGCCCAAGCCAGGUCAUUGCCAGUAGUCAAGGGAUGA